AUGUCCAACUUCCUGGUGGACGGAACCCUCUAUAACGUCGGACAGGUGUUCCAGCCAAUUUGGACCAAUUACUUCGAAACUUCACAAAGUAAAUGUUCUUGGGUACUCGCUAUCAUGGUAUCCUGGUACUAUCUAGCCGGACCAAUUAUUGGUUGCAUAAUCAACAUAUUUGGCUGCCGCGUGGCCGGCCUCAUUGGAGUUGCCAUCGCCUGCCUGGGUUUACUUCUCAGCAUCUUUGCGCCAUCGAUCUACGUUAUGUACUUCACUUUCGGAUUCAUUGUCGGUGAGUAA